AUGGGAGCUGUAAAUUUUACACCUAGCCAGCUAGCCAUGAUGAAGAUGGGACUGAGGAGGUUAAUGAUGAUCAUCAAAUCCAAACUAAGUUUUUUGAAGAUGAGGAGACCUUACGAUAAGAUUGAAAAGAGUGAGAGCAUGAAAGUUGAAACAAGAACCAGGAAGGCGAGGAAGCUCAUUGAUGGGACAUUAAGAAUUCCCAUUUACCAAACACCAAGACUUAUGCUUUUCGAUGAUUGA